AUGAUCCCUGCCUGGAUGUGGCUGCUCUACCUCUCUGUUCCCCAGGUUUUCCCUGAGGCCCAGUCUGCAGAGCUGUGUGUAGAAGUUCCAGAAAACUACGGUGGAAAUUUCCCUUUGUACCUAACCAAGCUACCCCUACCCCAUGAGAAAGCUGAAGGCCAGACUGUACUGUCAGGAGGCCCAGGCAAGGCAGCUGAAGACCCCUUUGCUGUGGAUCCAGAUUCUGGCUUUCUGAUGGCUACCAGGGCCCUAGACUGAGAGGAAAAGGCAGAGUACCAACUACAGGUUACCAUGGAGUCUGAGGAUGGACGUGUCCUGUGGGGUCCACAGCCUGUGAUAGUGCGUGUGAAAGAUGAGAAUGACCAGUUCUCUCAGACCAUCUACAGAGCUCAACUGAGCCAGGGCACUAGGCCUGGCAUUCCCUUCCUCUUCUUUGAGGCUUCGGAUGGGGAUGCUCCAGGCACCGCUAACUCAGACCUUCGAUUUCACAUUCUGAGCCAGUCCCCAGCCCAACCUUUGCCAGAUAUGUUCCAGCUGGAGCCUCAACUAGGGGCUCUGUCCCUCAGUCCCAAAGGAAGCACUAGCCUAGACCAUGCCCUGAGAGGGCCUUACCAGCUGUUGGUACAGGUCAAGGACAUGGGUGACCAAGCCUCAGGCCACCAGGCCACAGCCACUGUAAAGAUCUCCAUAGUAGAGAAAACCUGGAUACCCCUAGAGCCUGUUCACCUGGCAGAAAAUCUCAGAGUCACUUACCCACACUACAUUGCCCAGGUACACUGGAGUGGAGGGGAUGUACACUAUCACCUGGAGAGCCAACCCCCAGGCCCCUUCAAUGUGAGUGCAGAGGGGAGGCUCUAUGUUACCAUGGAUCUGGAUCGAGAGGCCCAGGCUGAGUACCUGCUCCAAGUUCGAGCUGAGAAUUCCCAUGGUGAAGACUACACAGAACCUCUGAAGUUGCAGGUGGUGGUGAUGGAUGAGAAUGACAAUGCUCCUGUCUGCACCCCACAUGGUCCAUCAAUCAGCAUCCCUGAACUCAGCCGCCCAGGUACUGAAGUGACUAGGCUGUCAGCAGAAGAUGCAGAUGCCCCUGGAUCACCAAAUUCCCAUGUUGUGUAUCGGUUGCUGAGCCCUGAGCCUGCGGAGGGGUCUGAAGGGAAAGCCUUUGAGCUAGACUCUACCUCAAGCAGUGUAACUCUGGGGACUGCCCCACUCCAAGCUGGCCAGGACGUCUUGCUUCAGGUCCUAGCUGUUGACUUAGGAGGAGCAGAGGGUGGCCUCAGCAGCACAUGUGAGGUGGCAGUCAUGAUCACCGACGUCAACAACCAUGCUCCUGAAUUCAUCAUUUCCCAGAUUGGGCCUGUGACUCUUCCUGAGGAUGCGAAGCCUGGAACUGUGGUGACCACACUCAUGGCCACAGAUGCCGAUCUUGAGCCUGCCUUCCGCCUCAUGAACUUUGCCAUUGAAGAAGGAGACCCGGAAGGGAUAUUUGAUCUGAUCUGGGAGCCAGACUCUGGUUACGUCCAGCUCAAACUCCACAAGAACCUCGACUAUGAGACAGCUCCUCAUCACAAGGUGGUAGUGGUGGUACAGAAUGUGGAGAAACUUGUGGGCCCAGGCCCAGGCCCUGAAGCCACAGCCACUGUGACUAUACUGGUGGAGAGGGUGAUGCCACCUCUCAAGUUAGACCAGGAGAGCUAUGAGACCAGUGUUCCAGUCAGCACCCCAGCUGGCUCCCUCCUGCUGACCAUCCAGCCCUCAGAAUCCAUGAACAGAACUAUCAGGUUCUCCCUAGUCAAUGACUCAGAGGGCUGGCUCUGCAUCAAGGAGGUCUCCGGGGAGGUGCACACAGCCCAGUCCCUGCGGGGUGCCCGGCCUGGGGACACGUACACAGUGCUUGUGGAGGCCAAAGACACAGAUGAACCAGGACUGAGCACUUCUGCCACCAUCGUACUUCACUUCCUGAAGGCCCCUCCCAUCCCAGCACUGAGUUUGGCUCCUGGGCCCAACCGACACCUCUGCACACCCCGCCAGGACUAUGGUGUGGUUGUCAGUGGAGUCAGUGAAGACCCUGACCUGGCCAAUGAGCAUCAUCCCUACAGCUUUACCCUUGGUCCCAACCCCACCAUGCAGUGGGACUGGCACCUCCAGCCUUUCAAUGAUUCCCAUGCCUACCUCACCUUGGCCCUGCACUGGGUAGAGCCAGGUGAAUACAUGGUCCCUGUGAUUAUCUACCAUGAUGCCCAGAUGUGGCAACUCCUGGUUCCAGUGAUUGUGUGUCGCUGCAAUGUGGAAGGACAGUGUAUGCGCAAGGUGGGCCACAUGGAGGGCAUGCCCACGAAGCUGUCAGCAGUGGGUGUCGUCUUGGGCACCCUUGCAGCAAUAGGCUUCAUCCUUAUUCUCGUCUUCACCCACCUGGCCCUGGCGAGGAAGAAGGACCUGGAUCAGCCAGCAGACAGUGUGCCCCUGAAGGCAACAGCGUGAGUGAUCCAGACAUUCCCCAGCUGGGAGGUUGGCCCCAGCCCCAUAUGAACUCACUAAGAAAGAACCUAGUGUCAAGAUCCACUGGGGACCAGGACAGAGUAAAAGCCCUUCACUUUUCUGAAGUGGAGGCACUGUCACCAGACAUGACCCAGAGUCUGAACACUGGGAUAGCUGUGAGAAUAUUCCAAAUGGCAGCUUUUUGUCUAAUAAUAAAGGCUCAGAGAGCCUGGCUGGGUCCUAAA